AUGGUGGACGUCCUGGGCGGCCGGCGUCUGCUGACCCGCGACGGCGCGUGGGUGGAGGCCGAGGCCGCGCUGCAGAACAAGGUGGUGGCGCUCUACUUCGCCGCGGGCCGCUGCGCGUCCAGCCGCGACUUCCCGCCGCCGCUCUGCCGCUUCUACGCCCAGCUGGUGGCCGAGGCGCGGCCCCGCGCGCCCUUCGAGGUGGUGUUCGUGUCGGCCGACGGCAGCGAGCGGGAGAUGCUGGACUUCAUGCGCGAGCUGGACGGCGCCUGGCUGGCGCUGCCCUUCCACGACCCCCUCCGGCACGAGCUGAGGACCAGGCACCACAUCUCAGUCACCCCCAGGCUGGUGGUUGUGAAACCAAGCGGGGAGGUCAUCACCGACAAAGGGCGGAAGCAGGUCCGCGAGCGGGGUCUGGCCUGCUUCCAGAACUGGGUGGAGGCCGCCAACAUCUUUCAGAAUUUCUCCGGAUGA